AUGGCGGUGAGGCGGUUGCUGCUACGCAGCACCACCGAGCCCAAUGAGUAUCUUGGCGUGGAACUGCCGAGGCCUUGGGUCAGCUUCGGCAGUGCGGUCACUCACCGAUGUGGUGAAAGAAAUCGACCCAUUCUUGGUGUUCUUAUCAAAGACCAAGGCAAAACAAAAAAGAAUAAAGGGCCUUCAGAGGAAGCUCCAUCUAACCCAGGGAAUCACGGAAACGGAGCGCAGCCAUGGCGAGCAACGGGGUUCUAUGGUCACCCUGAUGCAAGUAUGAGAUUUAUUUCUUGGGAUUUAAUUAGAUCGCUUAAGAGGCAGUGUGAUCUUCCGUGGGUUAUUUUUGGGGACUUUAAUGAAAUUGUUCAUUCGGAUGAGAAGUUAGGGUGGUUAGAUAGGGAUGCGAGACAAAUGGAGGGGUUUAGAGAUUGCUUGGCGGAUUGUGGUUUGGUUGAUCUGGGUUUUGUGGGGCAACGAUAUACUUGGUGUAAUGGAAGAAUUGGGGAGCAACGAACUCUAGUUAGAUUAGACAGGAUGGUAGCAAAUGAAAAGUGGUUGAAUAUGUUUAGGGAGGCAAAGGUGUAUCAUAGAGCAAUGGCGGCGUCCGACCACUGUUUGCUUAAUUUGUCUCUCAGGCGCCAAAUUCAAGAUAGGCUAAAGUGCUACCAAGAUAGUUUACAAACUUGGAACAAGAGGGUUUUUGGCAAUGUAAAUAAGACCCUGAAACUAAAGCAGAAUCGCCUACAAGAAUUGGAAAUGUUGAACUUACUUCAUGAACCAGUGGAGGAAAUUAAAGUGCUAAAAAAGGAGAUAAACGAAGUCACGCUCCGGGAAGAGAUGAUGUGGAACCAGAGAUCGAGGGCAGUGUGGGUUAAAUGUGGGGACCGAAACACAAAGUUCUUUCAUGAAACGGCUAGCAACAGACGUCGGAAAAAUAGGAUUAAGGGCCUAUGUGAUAAUGAAGGCAGGUGGAAGGAGGACAAGGAAGAAGUGGAAGGCAUAAUCCUGAAUUAUUUUCAGGAAAUUUUCAGUACAAGCUAUCCAGAUGAGUUUGGCUGUAGCCUUGGAGCAAUAGAGAGGAGGGUUUCUGAUGAUAUGAAUGAUGAUCUCCUACAAGAGUUUCGAGAAGAGGAGCUUAGGCGUGCCCUGAAGCAAAUGCAUCCGACAAAGUCUCCUGGCCCAAACAGUAUGUCCCCUAUUUUCUUUCAAUCUUAUUGGGAUGUUGUGGGUCCUCAGGUGGUAGAUUGUGUUCUUAACACUCUUAAAACGGGGGUUAUGCCAAAUGGUUUAAAUGAUACAUAUAUUUGCCUAAUUCCUAAAGUGAAUUGUCCCCAAAAGAUGUCGGAAUUUCGUCCGAUUAGUUUAUGUAAUGUUAUAUAUAAAAUUGUAUCAAAAGUGUUGGCUAAUAGGUUAAAGAAAGUCCUACCAGCAAUUAUUAGUGAGGCCCAAAGUGCUUUUGUACCAGGGCGGCAGAUUACAGACAAUGUCCUGGUGGCUUUUGAAACCAUGCACUACAUAAAUCAAAAAAGGAUGGGAAAAAAGGGGCUGAUGGCAAUCAAGCUGGACAUGAGCAAGGCCUAUGAUCGGGUAGAAUGGGCAUAUUUGGAGGCGAUUAUGUGCAGAUUGGGUUUUCAAGAAAGAUGGAUCUCAUUGAUGAUGAUGUGUGUGAAUUCAGUGUCAUACUCCGUGCUCUUGAAUGGGGAGCCAAAGGGCAGAAUUCUCCCUACUCGAGGCUUAAGGCAAGGGGAUCCUAUCUCCCCGUAUCUCUUCCUGUUGUGUGCUGAGGGCCUCUCGGCCAUGCUUCGGCUGGGUGAAGUUAAGGGGAUACCAAGAGGCAUUUCGGUUUGUAGGCAAGCUCCAGUGGUAUCUCAUUUGCUAUUUGCAGAUGACUGUAUAGUCUUUUGCAAUGCGUCUAAAGAGGAAGGAGCUAGAGUUACAAAAAUUCUUGAGGUAUAUGAAAGGGAGUCGGGGCAGAAGCUAAAUAGAGAGAAGACUUCUCUCUUUUUCAGCAAGAAUACAAGUGAGGAGGUUAAAGAAGAAGUGAAGGACAUGUUUGAGGCCCAGGUCAUCCACCAGCAUGAGCAAUACUUGGGGCUGCCCCCUUUGGUGGGGAGGGGAAAAAAGAAAGCCUUCCAUCAUAUCCUGGACCAGGUUGGUCGUAAAGUUGCAGGUUGGAAGGGGAAGUUGCUAACUAUAGCUGGUCGAGAAAUCCUUAUAAAGGCGGUUGCCCAAGCCACUCCUAUGUACACUAUGAAUUGUUUUAAACUCCCGGAUUCUUUGUGUAAUGAGCUUAAUUCCUUGAUUAGAAAUUUUUGGUGGGGCCAACGGGACAAGGAAAGAAAACUAGCAUGGCUAGCUUGGGAGAAGAUGUGUACACCCAAAGCUGAGGGGGGGAUGGGUUUCAAGGAUCUUAAAGCUUUUAACCUUGCUUUGCUUGCAAAACAAGGGUGGAGGCUUAUUCAAAACACGGAGUCCCUUGCCCAUAGAGUUUUGAAAGCUAAGUAUUUUCCAAAUUCAAAUUUUCUGGAGGCUCAAAUUGGUAAGAAACCGUUGUAUACUUGGAGGAGUUUGAUGGAUGCAAAAGAAGUUCUCUGGAGAGGCUUGAAAUGGAAUAUUGGGAAUGGGCAAAAAACGAAAAUAUGGGCAGAUAGGUGGAUCCCAAUCCCAAAUUCUUUCAUGGUUGCAAGUCCUAAGCCCCAAAACUUUGAGGGUGAGCUAGUGGAGACCCUCCUUGACCGUGAAUUAGGGGGCUGGGAUAUCAAUGCAGUAAAGAAUGUUUUCUUACCUUAUGAAGCGGAGGCAAUCUUGAGUAUUCCAAUAAGUCCUAGUUUCCCGGAGGAUGCACUGAUUUGGGCUUGGUCGAAAAAAGGUGACUUCUUGGUUAAAAGUGCUUAUCAAGUAGCAUUAAGGUGGCUGACCGAAAACAGAGGUAGAGGAGCAGGGUGUGAGGUGUCAAACCCGAGAAGAAAGAAAGAGUUUUGGAAGGCCAUUUGGGGUUUAAAUUUCCCAAGAAAAGUUAAACUCUUUAUGUGGAGGGCCUGUAAAAACAUACUCCCUACAAACUACUGUCUCAGGAGGCGAAAGGUGACUACGGAGGAUAAAUGUGUGUUUUGUGGGCUGAGUGAAUCUUCGGGACAUGCUCUAUGGGAUUGUUGGAUAGCAGUGGCUGUUUGGAAGGCAACAAAGCUGCUAUUGCCCAAGGUGAGUCAUCCUUAUAAAGAUUUUAUUGAUGUAAUAUGGAAAAUUUGGGAGGACCGGAAGGAGAUAGAGUGGGAGCGAUUAGCGUGUACAGCAUGGUGUAUAUGGAAGAAUAGAAAUGCUACAAAGUUUGAAGGCAAGUUUAAACAAGCAAAGGAGAUAGUCUCUGAAGUAAAUGCUCUGGUUGAGGAGUUUAAGGGGCAGCAGGAAGCUCCAAGACAGAGAGCACCACCGAGAAUAGUAGGAUGGAGUCCUCCUCGUGAAGGGUGGUUUAAAGUAAAUGUUGAUGGAGCGGUGUUUAAAGAGUUGGGUAGCUGUGGAAUAGGAGUUGUGAUCAGAAAUGAAAGGGGUCUUCUCAUGGGAGCUAUGAGUAAGAAGCUGAAAUUACCCUUAGGAGCGCUGGAAGUGGAAGCAAAGGCCUUUGAGGAGGGAAUUCAACUGGCUGGAGAUCUUGGUUUGAGGAAUAUUGUAUUGGAAGGCGACGCGAAGAUAGUGACAGAUGCUCUGGCUGGUUGUUGCUCCCCCCCAAGCUCGAUUCAGAUGAUUAUUGAAGGAUUCCGGAGGUGGAGUCUUAAUGUCCAGGAGUGGCAGGUUUCUCAUGUCUGUAGGACCGGCAAUUGUGCCGCCCAUUUGAUGGCUAGAAAUGCCAAACUUGUAAAUGAUAGUAUUGUGUGGGUGGAGGACACUCCACCCAUCCUAGAAUGUCAAGUGAUCAAAGAUGUAUCUGGUUUGGACUUAGUGUCCUUUUAA